UGACUCUCAUUUCCCAUUUCUCUCUUACUCUCGAUCGACGUCAUUCACUCUCUUUCUCUUUUCCUCUCUUCUUCACUCUCUAUCAUUCGCACUUCAAUCAACCACAAUUUUCCAUUUGCAUACCCUCGAGAACGUUUCUCUCGUCUCCAUAAUUGAAGGCUCUCGUCGAGUUCUCGGUUGCCACACUUCAAGCGGUAAGCACUUUCCUUUAGAAGAAGAAGAAGAAUUAGGGUUUUUGUGUGCAUAAAUACAGAGAGAAAGAGUAGAAGAAAUUUUGAUUGAGGGAAAAAAUGGGUAGUGAAGAGGAUUCGAUCGAGCAAAGCGUUGCCUCCCGUCGCGAGAGACUGCUAGCUCUCAGAGCCGCUCAGGAGUUGUCCAGUGCUCCCGAACCAAAGGACAACGACGAUGCCGAAGAAGAAGAAGAUCAACAACAAGAAAUGAAGUUUCGUAACUACGUUCCUCAUGACAAGAACCUCCAGGAAGGGAAGCUUGCCCCUGCGGUGCUCCCCAAGUUCGAAGACCCUGUCGAUGUGCCUCCACCCGAACCUCAGGCUCAGGAGGAUCCGUUUCUGAAUAUUGCUCCGAAGAAACCUAACUGGGACCUGNGGAGAGAUGUGCAGAAGAAGUUUGAUAAGCUGGAGAAGCGAACUCAGAAGGCUCUCUAUCAGCUCAUGGUACAAUUUGAAAGCUGUUUUUGGCUUUAACAAAAAUCAGUUCUCAGAACUUCUGAUGAUGGUGGGAAUCGGUUCAAUCUUCUCUCAGGUAUUAUAUUUCCCAAAUAUUUUUGUUCAUUUUGUUCCACUGUACUAAAAUUGUAUUUUUAUUGCGCAAUUAAUAUUCUGCAUGUCUAAAAUUGUUUGACUUAGUUAUAUUCAAUUAGCCUUCUAUGAGUGAUUGAUAAGCUGAUUAUGCAAGAGUGUUGAUUAUUUUAAGAGCUUACUCUCAGUUGGCUCCCAGAUGUUGCUGCUUCCAGUACUCAAUCCAUUGGUUGGAGAAAUUAUUAUAGGUAAAUUAUUGUUAGCUUGAGUUCUUUUUAUAUUUGCUGAGAAAGGUUAUCACAUAUUGUUUGAGCCACUGAUUAAAAGUUUAAAAUUUGAAGAUAUUGUGGUUGUUUGAAGUGUUUAAGAGCAGAGUUUCCGGUCUAAAGCAUUACUUUUAUAUUAUCAACUGAUCUUCCCCUACCUCUUCGAUUGUUGGUAGAGAAAUUAUAUUUCAGGACUGGUGAUAUGUGAGUUUA